ACUGCAGAGUGCAGAGUGAGCUGUGAGAGAUACUAAAUUGAAACAACUCUAGACGAAAUUGUCAUACUACUUUGCUUUGUCAUUGUGUUGUUUUGUAUUUAUCAGAGUAUUUUUACAUCUAUUAUAUAAAAUGCCAGACUAUUUAGGGGAUGAUAUGAGAAAAACAAAAGAUGAGAAAGAAGGAGAAGAGAAAGAAAUAAAAUCCUUGGAUGAAGCAGACAUUGCUCUCCUAAAGUCAUAUGGCCAAGGUCAAUACACCAAGAGCGUGAAGACGGUAGAAGAUGACAUCCAAACAGUGAUCAAGCGGGUGAACGAGCUAACUGGGAUCAAAGAGUCAGACACUGGACUGGCUCCCCCCGCCCUCUGGGACCUCGCAGCAGACAAACAGACACUGCAGAAUGAACAGCCUCUGCAGGUCGCCCGAUGCACCAAGAUCAUCAAUGCAGACUCUGAUGACCCGAAAUACAUAAUCAACGUGAAGCAGUUUGCCAAAUUUGUUGUGGAUUUGGCGGAUUCUGUCGCGCCCACUGAUAUUGAGGAGGGCAUGCGAGUCGGAGUGGACAGGAAUAAAUACCAGAUACACAUCCCGCUACCACCUAAGAUAGAUCCGACGGUGACUAUGAUGCAGGUGGAGGAGAAACCUGAUGUGACUUACAGUGAUGUGGGAGGCUGUAAGGAACAGAUCGAAAAAUUACGGGAAGUCGUGGAAACUCCUCUACUGCAUCCUGAAAAGUUUGUUAAUCUGGGAAUCGAGCCACCGAAAGGAGUGUUGCUGUUUGGACCACCUGGGACUGGCAAGACUCUGUGUGCACGAGCUGUGGCCAACCGCACUGACGCCUGCUUCAUUCGCGUCAUUGGAUCCGAGUUAGUCCAGAAAUACGUAGGAGAGGGAGCAAGAAUGGUGAGGGAACUGUUUGAGAUGGCUCGAAGCAAGAAGGCGUGUCUGAUUUUCUUUGAUGAAAUUGAUGCCAUCGGCGGAGCCAGGUUCGACGAUGGGGCAGGUGGCGAUAACGAGGUACAGCGGACGAUGCUGGAGCUCAUUAACCAAUUGGACGGCUUUGAUCCACGUGGCAAUAUCAAGGUGCUGAUGGCCACUAAUCGACCUGAUACGCUCGACCCUGCUCUGAUGCGACCGGGCAGACUCGACCGCAAGGUGGAGUUCGGUCUCCCAGAUCUUGAGGGCCGCACCCACAUCUUCAAAAUUCACGCCAGAUCCAUGAGCGUUGAGCGAGACAUCCGCUUUGAGCUUCUAGCUAGGCUCUGCCCCAAUAGUACAGGAGCGGAGAUUCGUUCUGUGUGCACGGAGGCUGGCAUGUUUGCUAUCCGAGCUCGGCGUAAGGUUGCCACUGAAAAAGACUUCCUCGAAGCUGUAAACAAGGUCAUAAAGUCCUACGCCAAGUUCUCAGCAACACCCCGCUACAUGACCUACAAUUAAAUGUUGUUCUUUUGUAUUAAAUCCUUUAAUAAAUUUAAUUUAAUAGGU